AUGGGUCACGAUGAUGUAUCGAGCGGGAACGAUUCCAGCAUGGUCAUGGAAUCGGUAGGAGAAAAGAAAAUGGUCCAGCGGGAUGACCCUCCCACCUUCGACAAGGAUCUUGUCGGGGAGAUGAGUGAGGCGGAGCGACACGUCAUCGAUCACGGCAUUCAGAAAUUCAGCCGUCUCGGAUGGAAACGACUCACGGUGGUCCUCAUCGUGGAGGCCAUUGCUUUGGGAAGUCUGUCCAUCCCGUCCACUUUUGCCAAGCUGGGCAUGGUGGCCGGUGUGAUCUCUUGUGUGGGACUAGGUUUCGUCGCUAUCUACACCAGUUACAUUGUCGGUCAGGUGAAGCUGCUCUUCCCCGAAGUCGCCAACUACGCCGACGCGGGUCGCUUGAUGUGGGGUCGGUUCGGAUACGAAUUGAUGAACCUGAUGCUGGCGCUGCAGUUGAUUCUCCUCACCGGAUCACACUGUCUGACCGGUACUAUCGCCUUCCAGAAUAUCACCGAGAGUGGCAUUUGUUCGGUUAUCUUUGCCGUAGUCUCGGCAAUUAUCUUGUUCCUGCUGGCAGUUCCCCCUAGUUUCACCGAGGUUGCCAUCCUCGGGUACGUGGAUUUUGCAUCGAUUGUUAUCGCCAUUGGUAUCACCAUCAUCGGCACCGGCGUGCAAUCGACCAAUGCGCCAGGUGGACUUGAGGCCGUGAACUGGUCGGCAUGGCCUAAGCCGGACCUGAACUUUACGGAGGCGUUUAUUGCUAUUUCCAACAUCAUCUUCGCGUACAGUUUCGCUAUGUGCCAGUUCUCCUUCAUGGAUGAGAUGCACACGCCCUCGGAUUUCCCCAAGUCGAUCUGGACCCUCGGUCUCACUGAAAUUGUCAUCUACACCGUGACCGGCGCGACUAUCUACGCCUUUGUCGGCGAGGACGUCCAAAGCCCUGCGCUGCUCUCGGCUGGACACACCCUUAGCCGCAUUGCCUUUGGUGUGGCUUUGCCUGUGAUCUUCAUCAGUGGUUCCAUCAACACCGUUGUCUUUGGUCGUCUUGUGCACGGUCGUAUUUUCGCCAAUUCUCCCGUUCGAUUCAUCAACACCAAGAUGGGCUGGAUCACGUGGUUGGCGAUCAUUGCCGCAGCCACCGUCGUCGCCUUCAUCAUCGCCGAGGUGAUCCCCUUCUUCAACGACUUGCUCUCUCUUUCGUCGGCGCUGUUCAUUUCCGGAUUCAGUUUCUACUUCCCUGCGCUGAUGUGGUUCCUCCUGAUCCGCAAGGGCAGCUGGACUGAGCCUCGCAAUCUGAUGUUUGGCAUCCUCAACGCCUUCAUCCUCAUCAUCGGAUUGGUUAUCCUGGUGGCCGGCACUUACACCAGUAUUGCUGAUAUCGUGAGUACCCCCAUUGAAUUGCCUGGCCCCACCAAUGCAUGA